CAGAGGUCUAUGAUUGUCGAAUCGAAUUGAACAGAUUAUAUAAGUAGCGGUAGAUAUAUUACCCAGUCUGUGUUUGAUACUGAUUAUUACCCAUAAACAUCGUAUGCGAUUUCUUUUUAAUUCAUUAACCUUCCAUAGGGAGGCCUACAUAUAUCACAUGUUAUUGUGUUUAUGAUCUACAACUUUAAAUUCAAUCUACAACAUAUAACUGUUUUGUUACGAGGACAAGCAUAGGUGAUGAUCAAGAUGAACUUCGAAGAGGUGCGAAGAAAUCCAGUGUUUUUCGACGAUCAAUUUGUUGUGGAUGGUGGAAUAAAUCAUUUUACAAGAAUUCGAGGAGAAAAAUCUGACUUUCCUCCUGAGGAUUUUCCACAGCCUCAAUCUACGGAAUCAGUAUCACAAACGCCUCGUCGAUCCGUAGUAAUAGACGGGCAACCUCGUCACUUUACAAUGGACCCUUCAACUAUGCAUUUCUUUAUGAACUUGGACAAGAAACAUGCAAGUCAUAGUAAUCUGAAGACGAAAAUCAACGCUGAAAUAAUUGAUAUGAAGCACGAAACGGAGGGCCAUCUAAUGUCAGUACAACCGGAUAACCAGCAAUCGUUUUGUCCUGAACAAAUUAUUUCUAGCCUGAACUUCGAAUUAGUUUCAUUUUCGGUCAGUGACGUGAAAGAUGGUGGACCUAUGAUCAAAGAGCCGUUAGAAUACGGUCAAGUUUGUCUCACAGAAAAGCGGUUAUUCUUCGUUUCGCGGCGGAGAACAGAUUAUACCGUACACAUUCAUCCUCAAGCAAAUAAAAAGGUUAUGGACGAAACUCCUACGAACGUCACCAGUACACCACAAGAAUUCAUCCAAACAUUUCCAAAGUCCAAGGCAUAUCGGCUACAGAUGGAGCAAAACACUGGUUCAAGUUACUAUGAGAUGAUUCCUCUGUGGAACGUAAAAGCGGUUUCAAUGAACACUGGGUUUGGUAAAGCGAUGACUAGUGCCCUUAUCUACUCUAGGAGCACCUGUUGCGGGCGCUUUUGCGGAUGCUUCAGUUGUUUGCGAGACCUGAUAGAAGCAAUAUUUUGCGAAAAAUGUCUGUUUGCGCCUGGCAAAUCGUGGCAUUCUGAUCGGGAAAAGGAGAGGAACAAACUAGGUUUUGUAAAUCAUGACGGUACUAUCAAUAAAUUUGCAACACUGGCGACGCCGAUGAAUCGAAAAGUCAAAAUUCACGCCACGCUACCCGGCUGGGAGCAGCGAGCUGUCGUCGAGAUCGUCGUUGAUGCGCAGACCUCUGUUGAUGAAAUAGCUGAUUUUAUUCUACAUCUGCAAGGUAACUCACAACAACUUAACACGCCUCCGCCACUAGAUGCAAACCAAGCCUUUACCAUAAGUCUGUCAGGUGGUAGAAAUGGUGGUAUUCGUUUCCAGGACCGUGCGUAGAGUUUGAGGUAUUUCGUUGACUUCAUAGAGCUAUUAAACAACUAGAGUGCUGACAAGAUGGCGGAGCAAUGCAGAGUUGUGUAUGUGUACCAUCCAAGAUGGCUGCCGUAGGAAAGCGCCA